AUGGAAGGUGACCUAGUGGUUCCAGAGGGCAGCCUGGAUGCUGUCAGAGUGGAAGGAGCAACGGCCUUGUCACCGCCAGUUCAGGCCUCGCCUGCUGCCAUUGCCACAGUGCAUUCAGUUGCCAGGCAGGGCCGGUCUGCCCAGAGCAAGACAAGGACUCAAUACCGUUCAGGAUCCAGGUUUCGUAACCUGGAGUGGGAAGGGGACAAUCGGGAGGAGCGUCUCAUUCCUCUCUCGGAGCUGAAUCCGCACAUCUCCUGUUCUGUUUGCAAAGGUUAUUUAAUAGAUGCAACAACCAUUACAGAAUGUCUUCAUACCUUCUGUAAAAGCUGCAUCAUAAAACAUUUUGAACAUAGUUAUAGGUGUCCAAAAUGCAACAUUGUAGUGCACGAGGCCAAACCUCAUAAUCACCUGAGUAUUUCUUUAAUGCUAGAGUUUAUGGGCACUAAUGCAGACACUGAGCAUUUUAAACCACUGAAAAUAAAGUUUAUUCGAGUCUUAACAAAUGCCACCACUGGACAUAUAGAAAAAUUUCUCAAAAGAAAAAUGGGCCUUGCUAAAGCUUAUCGGGUAGAUAUCACUUGCAGUGGUCAGUUGCUGAAGGACUUUCAAACUCUACAAGAAGUCCAGUGUACAGUAGUAGGGGAUGCUGGGAUGCAGGAUGGUUUGCUAAUCCUUUAUUACAAUAUUGUACUUUCUCCUCUGCAAGUGACUUGCUAG